AAACCUACCAACCCCACACCCUCUCCUCUCUUCCUCCUCCUCCUCUCUCUCUCUCUUUCUCUUUCUCCUCCCAGCCCCACACCACCUCUCCCUCCCUCCUCACCCGCGCGUGCCACGCACGUGCGCCGCGCCGCCGCCGUCCUCUCUAUCUCGGCUUGGGUUCCGGCGAACGCCGGCGCGGCGGCGAGGGCGGCUAGCUGCAUGUACGUGGUGGCUAACUGUGCGCUGAUUCUUGUGGUGUUUGCUGUGGUCGGCCUGACGGGGGAGGAGGAGGGAGGUAUGGAGCAGCAGGGUGGCGCGGCGCCGUCGAGCAGCACGAGCACCAGCACCAACAGCAGCCGGAGCACGUCCGACCACCACGCACACGCCGCCGCCGCGGCGGCGGCGGCGGCGGCGCAGGUGGUGCAUCAGCAUCAGCACCAGCACCACCCGUUCUACUACACGGCGACGGGUGGCGCCGCGCCGAAUACCAUGCAGGCGCCGGCGUCGUUCAUGGGGUCGCUGGCCAUAGUGCCUCAUCCACCUGCUGCUGCUGCUCCGGGUGGUGGUGGUGGUGCAGGGCAGGUCCAGGCCGGGGCGGCUCCGCCGCCGUCGUCGGAGAAGAAGGCGGUGGUGCCGGCGGGGGCGAAGCGGCCGACCAAGGACCGGCACACCAAGGUGGAGGGGCGCGGGCGGCGGAUACGGAUGCCGGCGCUGUGCGCGGCGCGGGUUUUCCAGCUCACCCGCGAGCUCGGUCACAAGACCGACGGCGAGACCAUCGAGUGGCUGCUGCAGCAGGCGGAGCCGGCCAUCGUUGCGGCGACCGGCACGGGGACAAUCCCCGCCAACUUCUCCUCCCUCGCCGUGUCCCUCCGCUCCGCCGCCGCCUCUCACUCCUCCUCGCCCCGCGGGGCGCCGUUCCACCACCUCCAGCCGCAGCAGCACGACGUCGCUGCCAUGCUCGGGUUCCACCACCACCAGCUGCUCCCUCCGCCGCCGCAGCACCAGCACCAGCACCCGGAGGCGCCCCAAGAUCCCGGCGCCGGCGAGUUCAUGCGGAAGCGCUACAGGGAAGCCGACGACCUGUUCAAGGACACCUCUCGCCAAGACCCCGACGGCACCGCCGCCGGCGAGACCGAGCAGAAGGCCCGGGCGGCGGCGCCGCCAGCGCCGCCGCCAACCGCUCCGUCAGCAAUGUGGGCCGUGGGGCCGAACACCACCGGCGCCGCGUUCUGGAUGCAGCCAGCAUGGACGUUCACCGGCGCCGGCGCCGGGAACACGGUGCAGGCGCCGCUGCAGUUCAUGUCACGCAGCAGCUUCCCGGCGAUGAACGUCAGCAUGGCGGACAACACCACCACCACCACCACCACCACCAACAACAACAACCUCGGCAUGCUCGCCGCUCUCAACGCCUGCGCCGGCGGCCGCUCUGGCAGCGGCGAGCAGCGGCAGCAGCAGCAAGACGGUCAGCCGCGCGCCAACGGCGGCGGCGAGGCUGGCGGCGCCGCCGCGAGCCCGCGGUGAGCUAAUCAAGCAAAGUGAAGUCACUGUGCUGAGCUGAGCUGAAAGCUAGCAAUGGCCAUGGCUAACGAGGAUGAGGUAGCUGUGCAAAAUGGCAUGUGAUGAUUAGCGAGCGUAGAUUAGGUGUUUGGAGCUUUUGCUGCAUGCUGCUCUCGUUAAUUAAUUAAUUAAUCAAAUCAUGGUGAUCAAUCGAUUGUUUGUUUAGUUUAAUUUUUUUCUUCUGUAAUCACCUGGGGGAUUAUUUUAGUUUGGGUGUCGAUCUCUUUUGGAUUAAUUAAUUAAUCAAAUGUAAGGUGUUUGUGGUGAUGAUGAUGAUGAUUGGAAUGAUGGUGAUGAUUAGC